UGCUGGUGACAAAGAAAGACUCCUCUGGCCCCGAAGGGCCUCUGGGUGCCCUCCCCCACCAGCAGCUCUGAAAUCGACCUGUCCCCUUCCCAACAUGAUGUCUGGCUCCGCACACCUGCGCCCUGGGUGAGAACGGCGACAGUCAUCACUUUUGGAAGAACCUGUAAUUGAGCCGUAGUCUGAGUAACUUAAGCAAACAUCCCUGUGGUGGUGUCGACUGCUUCCUUCCUGGCUGCCACGUCCCCGUCCCCGGAGGAUGUGGUUAGUACCUUGAGGAACUGCAGACUCCAAAGAGCAAGGCUUAGACAGGCAGGCUGGAUUGAGAGAGCAGACGCCUGGGAAGGACUCAGUUUAACCCUAGGUCUCUCUCUCUCCGGGGGAAAUAAAAGGAGCAAAGGUGAAGCCCACUGCAAAGGACCACGAGGCAAUGCCAGGACGAGGGAAUUGGAGUGACCUGGCUGAUUCUGAGUGAACCAAUCAGGGAGGCCAUCCUAGCGGAGGCUGAGGCCCCAAGGCGUGACCACCACAACACAUCAAGCUACUUCCAAGGCCGGGCCCCGCACGCAGAGCUGACCCAGCCAGGGUCCCCGUCGGCUCCCGAGGAUGCGGCUCCUCCGCAGACGCCACAUGCCCCUGCGCCUGGCCAUGGUGGGCAGUGCCUUUGUGCUCUUCCUCUUCAUCCUGCACAGGGAUGUAAGCAGCACGGAACAGUCCACAGAGAAACCGUGGCUGAGGUCUUUGGUGAGCCAGAAAGACCACGUCCUGGACCUCAUGCUGGGAGCCGUGAACAACCUUAGAGAUUCGAUGCCCAAGCUCCAGAUCAGGGCUCCGGAGCCCCAGGAGACCUCGGUCUCCACAAACCAGUCCUGUCUUCCUGGCUUCUAUACGCCAGCUGAGCUGAAGCCCUUCUGGGAACGGCCACCACAGGAUCCCAACAGCCCUGGGGCAGAUGGGAAGGCAUUCCAGAAGGACAAGUGGACCCACCAGGAGACCCAGGAGAAGGAAGAAGGCUAUAAGAAGCACUGCUUCAAUGCCUUUGCCAGCGAUCGGAUCUCCCUGCAGAGGGCACUGGGGCCAGACACCCGACCCCCCGAAUGUGUGGACCAGAAGUUCCGCCGCUGUCCUCCGCUGCCCACCACCAGCGUCGUCAUUGUGUUUCACAACGAGGCCUGGUCCACGCUGCUGCGAACGGUGUACAGCGUCCUACACACCACACCUGCCAUCCUGCUGAAGGAGAUCAUACUGGUGGAUGACGCCAGCACUGAUGAAUACUUAAAGGAGCAGCUGGAGCAGUACGUGAAGAAGCUGCAGGUGGUGAGGGUGGUGCGGCAGGAGGAGCGGAAGGGCUUGAUCACCGCCCGGCUGCUGGGGGCCAGCGUGGCCCAGGCGCAGGUGCUCACCUUCCUGGAUGCCCACUGUGAGUGCUUCCAUGGCUGGCUGGAGCCGCUCCUGGCUCGCAUCGCUGAGGAUGAGACGGUGGUGGUGAGCCCGGACAUCGUCACCAUCGACCUGAACACUUUUGAGUUCUCCAAGCCCGUCCAGAGGGGCAGAGUCCACAGCCGUGGCAACUUUGACUGGAGCCUGACCUUCGGCUGGGAGGCUAUCCCUGCCCACGAGAAGCAGAGGCGCAAGGAUGAGACCUACCCCAUCAAAUCCCCGACGUUUGCCGGCGGCCUCUUCUCCAUCUCCAAGUCCUACUUUGAGCACAUCGGUACCUAUGAUAAUCAGAUGGAGAUCUGGGGAGGGGAGAACGUGGAAAUGUCCUUCCGGGUGUGGCAAUGUGGGGGCCAGCUGGAGAUCAUCCCCUGCUCUGUGGUAGGCCAUGUGUUCCGUACCAAGAGUCCCCACACCUUCCCCAAGGGUGUCAGUGUCAUUGCUCGCAACCAAGUGCGCCUGGCUGAGGUCUGGAUGGAUAACUACAAGGAGAUUUUCUAUCGGAGAAACAUGCAGGCAGCAAAGAUGGCCCAAGAGAAAUCCUUCGGGGACAUUUCGGAACGCCUGAAGCUGAGGGAGCAGUUACACUGUCACAACUUUUCCUGGUUCCUGCACAACAUCUAUCCGGAGAUGUUUGUUCCCGACCUGAAGCCCACCCUCUAUGGAGCUAUCAGGAACCUCGGCAUCAACCAGUGCCUGGAUGUGGGGGAGAACAACCACGGGGGGAAGCCCCUCAUCAUGUACACCUGCCAUGGCCUUGGCGGCAACCAGUACUUUGAGUACACAACCCAGAGGGACCUUCGCCACAACAUCUCAAAGCAGCUGUGUCUACAUGCCAGUGCUGGCACCCUGGGCCUGAGGAGCUGUCACUUCACCGGCAAAAAUAGCCAAGUCCCCAAGGAUGAGGAAUGGGAAUUCACCCAGGACCAGCUAAUCAGGAACCGGGCAUCCGGGACCUGCCUGACGUCUGAGGACAAAAAGCCAGCGAUGGCCGCCUGCAACCCCAGGGACCCCCACCAGCACUGGGUCUUCAACUGACACCCCCGAUCACCCCCGUGGGAGUUCCCGUGGGGAACCCAGCCUCUCAGGAAACAGGAUUUGGGGGAAGCUGAUGAUUGAGAGCCUGAUUACCAGCUUCUCCGUAGGCCUUAAAGAUGGAUUUCUAAACCCAGCAGAUAUCAAGGCAGGACCUUCCCGUUCCUUGCAACAACACAGGGCCCAUUUUCCUUCUCUCGUGUUGGUGGAAGAACCCGUUAGAACUUGCAAUACUUGGCCUAGCGCUUGCCUUCUGUCCUUGAGACAGACUUCCAGACAGAGAAGGCAGCCUGGGCAGGGCCCAGGGCAGGGCCCAGGGCAGCAAUGCUAAAUUCAAGAAAAGUACCUCUGCGGCCAAGUCCUGAGUCCUCUGUCGUGUGGAGCACUCACAGGACCAGUGAAGUGGCACCUUCUAACGGAGACACUAGAGGUCUACAAGAGUCUCCCUGCUGAUAUUGCCCGAUGUUGGUAGAGCCAUUCGUUUACAGAAAGCACCCUGACAGGAGUCCUUUAUCUUAUUCCGCCUGCACAGUAAGCCUGGGAGCAAGACAGGGCGGGAACCCCCAUGCCCACUGUACAGAUAAGAAAGCAGAGGUAGAGAUAAAGGGGCUUGUCUGUCCCACAGCUAGUGGAUGGCGGGAGCCAACUGAGACUUGAUUGCAAACACUGAGCCAGAGCUCCUUCUUCCACACCCCGAGAACACUAGACAUCAGGCGUAAGCCUUCCUCUUUCCCUCCAUGCUGAUCACAUCUGGCUGGUCUCCGUAGAGCCUAGAACAGUGGUGCCAGGCAGCCAUGAGGCCGGCCUCGUUUGGGGAUCCUGGGAUGUUAGUGGAAAGCAAGCUCACGGAACCAGUGAUUCUCAGGUCUAAGAACCUCCCCCCCCCCCAAGCCUUUUUUUCAAUGCUCCGUACAUAAGGUAGAUGAAAAGCCAAGUGGCAGUGGGUGAAGUUGUUGGUAGGUGAAGACCGUGCCCAACAGCCCCAGAACUUCUAAAGGUCUGCGAGCAAACAUCUGAAACUUGUUUUUAUCCAACCCUGUCAUUUUCAUAUUGUGAAACCAAGGCCAGAUAAGUAAUUUGUCUGACACCACACGGCAAGGUAUUGGCAACCCGAGAGCAGAACCCGGAUGAGGCUAACGAGAGCCCUGGGAGGUGUGAGGAAGCGGGGACGGUGUGUAGAAUUGAGCGUGACUGCAUAACCAGCCAUGAUUGCUGUACCUGCAUGAAGUCCCCAUGUGGAGCGGACCCAACAUGCGUGUCAGCUCUUCUCCAAGCAAGUUGGACCCCACCACACAUGGGCGCUUGGCCUGAACUAGAGAGCCCGGCUCCCUAGAGGAGAGUUCACAUUCCUUCCAGAAGGCUCCAGACUUUCUAGCAGGCUGUCAUCUUGGGCUUCACCACGUGAGGGUGCCAUGGGAUCACAGCUGCCUCUCCCUGCCCCCGCCCCCUCAACACUGCAGGAGGUCUCCUAAAUUCCCAAGAGCCUUCAGGACCCUAUAGGGGAAGCAAUCUGGGGUAGCCCAGUCAGAGGGAGAGGAGAGACUGGCCAGGAUAUGGCCACAGUGGAAAAAGGAAAAACUGGACCUAAGAUCCCAAUAAAAAUAAAGGUUUUAUGGCAUUGGGAAAGGAAACUCACCUUUGGUUCCUCCUCUCCCGUUGUCCCGUGGCUGACCCAUUGGAAAGUCAGUUGAUUCAGGCUGUGUAGAGCCACACACAUCUGAAAAGUUCUAUCACAUCACUGUCUCUUAUCCCCAGACAUCCUCUGGCACCCGAUCUAGCCUGCAUACUGUGUGUCAAGCCCAUGUAGACAUGAGAUGUAAGAUGAGACUUGCCCCCAUGGAACCCAUACUCCAGCUGGGGAAGCAGAUGGAAGCAAGUCAGGACAAGCCUGGAGGUGUUCAGAGCUGUGCUAGGUGAGAUGGAAAGGACAAUUCCUUCCAUCUAGGCGAACCGGGAAGGUCUCACAAGGAUGGUGACAUUUGACCUUUGGCCUCAGGGAUGAGUCCUCAGGUGGGAUCUCACACAAGCACUGGUCUAGAAUGAGGAAAGUCACAGAGAGACAAAGCUGCAGGUGGCUUCCCAAGAAACCAAGGGACCAUCAGGGCGGCCGAGCAGUGGAUGUGAAAGCUGGAGGGUUGGGGCCACAUUGUGACUUUCAUGGGACCUAGGUCCCUUUGUUUUCACCAGAAAAUUCUUAAAUUGUGUUUUAUAACUGCAUUGGUAUAAAGAUGAAUAUGAUUCAUUUUA